AGCACCUGCCUGGACCUUCACCUGCCAGCUGGCUGGGCACCCCAAGGCUGUGUGCUGCCCACCUGGUGUUCCCUAAUGCCCCCAGCCCUGCCCAGUGCACCCCUUCGGUGCCUGCUUCCCCUGAUGUCUGCGUUUUAGACCAGCCCGGCCGCUGUAUCCACGGCAACAGAAGCAGGAGUGUCACUGGCCGCACAUCACUGAGGACACAUCUGAGGGUCCCACAAUGUGGCCUGGGCUGUGAUUUAUCCUGGGUGAGACAGCUUGAGCCCCCUCCCUGGAUUCCAAGACAGCCCUGCUGAGAGAGCCCAGGUGCAGCCCAGCAGGACAACUGAUGGAGUCCCCCAGGGCCCAUCAAAUACCGAACUGGCUGAUCCUGUAAGGCUGGGAGCAGCCCCUGCCCCUUCAGUAUGGCCAACACUACUGGAGAGCCCCAAGAGGUGAGCGGCGCACUAUCCCCACCAUCAGCAUCAGCUUAUGUGAAGCUGGUGCUGUUGGGACUGAUCAUGUGCGUAAGCCUGGCGGGCAAUGCCAUCUUGUCCCUGCUGGUGCUCAAGGAGCGUGCCCUGCACAAGGCUCCUUAUUACUUUCUGCUGGACCUGUGCCUGGCUGACGGCAUACGCUCUGCCGUCUGCUUCCCCUUUGUGCUGGCUUCUGUGCGCCACGGCUCCUCAUGGACCUUCAGUGCUCUCAGCUGCAAGAUUGUGGCCUUUAUGGCUGUGCUCUUUUGCUUCCAUGCGGCCUUCAUGCUGUUCUGCAUCAGCGUCACCCGCUACAUGGCCAUCGCCCACCACCGCUUCUAUGCCAAGCGCAUGACACUCUGGACAUGCGCAGCUGUCAUCUGCAUGGCCUGGACCCUGUCUGUGGCCAUGGCCUUCCCACCUGUCUUUGAUGUGGGCACCUACAAGUUUAUCCGUGAGGAGGACCAGUGCAUCUUUGAGCAUCGCUACUUCAAGGCCAAUGACACGCUGGGCUUCAUGCUUAUGUUGGCUGUACUCAUGGCAGCCACACAUGCUGUCUAUGGCAAGCUGCUCCUCUUCGAGUAUCGUCACCGCAAGAUGAAGCCAGUGCAGAUGGUGCCAGCCAUUAGCCAGAACUGGACAUUCCACGGUCCUGGGGCCACCGGCCAGGCUGCUGCCAACUGGAUCGCUGGGUUUGGCCGUGGGCCCAUGCCACCAACCCUGCUGGGUAUCAGGCAGAAUGGGCAUGCAGCCAGCCGGCGGCUGCUGGGCAUGGACGAGGUCAAGGGUGAAAAGCAGCUGGGCCGUAUGUUCUACGCGAUCACACUGCUCUUCUUGCUCCUCUGGUCACCCUACAUCGUGGCCUGCUACUGGCGAGUGUUUGUGAAAGCCUGUGCCGUGCCGCACCGUUACCUGGCCACCGCUGUUUGGAUGAGCUUCGCCCAGGCUGCCGUCAACCCGAUAGUCUGCUUCUUGCUCAACAAGGACCUCAAGAAGUGCCUGAGGACUCACGCCCCCUGCUGGGGCACAGGAGGUGCCCCGGCUCCCAGAGAACCCUACUGUGUCAUGUGAAGCAGGCGGGUAGGCAGACAGGCAGGGAGGUCAUGGCUACCUUGCUGGAGCCAACAAUAAGGGAAGGGUGGGCCUCCUACAGGAGCCUUUCUUUCUGAGCUCCGGCCCCAGCCCCUGGAACCACCCGGAAUCUAGGCACCUUUGCCAACACCUCCCCAGGGUUGGAGACCGGGGUGGGGGACUGGGAAAGAGGUGUUUCUAAUUCUGUGGGGCCUGUCUCUGCUGCCUCAUUCUCCACUUCUACAAUCUCUGUCAUUUCCUCUCUCUCUCUCUCUCUCUCUCUCUCUCUCUCUCCUCUCUCUUUUCCUCUCUCUCUCAGAAGUGACAAUUCAGAAAAAGAAAGUAAGACUGAAAAUGCAGGUUUUUCUACUAACAGCUGAGGAGAUAGGCUUUCUUGCUUUAAUGUCUCUCCUUCUGACAUUGUCCAGAAGGGGGAAAUUUGUCCUGUAAAAUAGACUUCCAGAGCUCUUAUUGCCCCCUCUGCUCCCAUGCACCCUCUCCUUCCAAGUCCUUUAGCAAGACCUGAAUUUUAGGGAGAAAUUCAUCUGCUGACAACAGGGAUCAAAGGGAGUUCUGGGUCCCCAGGAAGCGGGGAUGUUUAAUGGCUGCGUUGUGUGCAAUUGUUGUUUUAAGCUAACCCUGGUCCCAAGCCUGGUUUCCUCUCCCUCCCCACCAUGUCCAGACCUCCUGAGUGUUUCUUGAGCAUCUGUUCAAGAAGCCAGGAGGGGAGGGAGAAGGACCCUUGGAAUGGGCUCAGGCUAGGUGAAGAAUGGGAUGUGAGCUGCACGCCUCGAGUUGAAGAGAUCUGAGCUUGGCUGCAUUCUUUCGAGCUGCCUCCUGGAUCCCCAGCCCCCAACUCUUCUUCCUGAGGAUGGAAAUCCACUCCAGCUCCACUAGGGCUGAUGUGGGUGCCCUGGGCAGGAGCAUUCCCCCAAGGAAGUGUAGGGAGAAAGCCAAACUCCCCAGAGUAACUGGAAAGGAGCACCUGGGGUCAGAGCCGAACUCAACCCCAGAAUUGUCUCCUGGGUUCAUACUAUUAUCCUGAAGAUGAAAAGUUGGGGGUGGCCUUGGUAUAAUGCAUAAUGGUAUAAGCUCCAAGGCAUUGUGGACUUGAGUCCAUUCCUAUCUGACCUCUUUUUGUCCCCUUGAAGCUUCAGGGGCCUUGCCCCUCUUGGUAGCCCUUGGCCUUCUGGGCCCUCAGCCCCCAGAUUCCUUCCCCUGAACAGCCCUUCUCCCCUUUUUUCCUUCCACCCAAAGUGGAGCAGACUACAGCCAGAUUCUUCAGGUGGGAGAGCCCAAGCCUCCCUCCCAGGGCGGAGUCCACCCUGGACUCACAUCAUGGCCAGUUCUUAUGGAACUGGUGAGCCAAGCUGGCAUUCCUUUGCCUGGUCUUGCCCAGAUUCUUUGCCCCCCUCUCAUUUCCUGGGGGAGGGAGGGAUCUGUAUUUAUCCACACCCUUUUCCCUUUCUGAUAGAAGCCCUUGUCCUAAGCUCCCUCCCUACCCCCAAGACAGUCCCAGCACUGGGGAAGCCUUGAUCCAAGAGGAAUGGAGAGGGCACUCUAGGCAGGAGAGACAUUAAUGAGCCUGGCUGUGGAGCAGCUCUGGAAAGGCAGGCCAGAGUGGCUGAGUGGGUGUG